AUGAUGGAUGUAAUUGGUGAGACAGAGAAUGAAGUUGAAGUAAUUAACGUCCACAAAAAUAUCUUGUCAUGCUAUGAUAUAUUUCGAGGGAAAUUUAGGCGUGAACCAACACAAAAUCAUAUGCGUAUAUCUAAUUCUUCGCCGCAAGCUGUCAGAUGUUUUCUUUUGUAUUUAUAUUGUGAUCUCUGGGACCGAUAUUGUUGGGAGAUAUUAAUGUUGGCUGAUGAAUUUGUUAUCGAAAAUUUACGGAAUAACGCAGAAAGUUAUCUGGCAAGUAAAAUCGCUAAUACUGGUGUUAUUAUUGAACUUUGUAGAGUUUUGGAUACGAUUGAUUUGGAUGCAAUUGAAUUUCCAAUUAUUUUAGAUGCAUGUAGACGUUUCAUUGAAGAACAUCCGGAGAAAGUGGACAAUGAUUUUUGGGCAGAGAUUCGAACAUGGCCGACGGUUUUUGGACUUCUUGGAGGACGUUAA